CAACCAGGUAAUGAAGUCCUACUUUUCCAGGGCCCUUUGUUGUGGUUUAGGGUAGGGCUGCUUCUGGGCCUGAAUGAGGUAUGUGGGGUAAAGUCUGGGAGAUUUGUACACAGCUUCCUAAAGUGAAGGAAUCGCUUGGAUUCACGUCCCUGAAGGUAUGGGUAUGAAAGAUGCCAUAGAGAGUUGACAGCCCCAGCUUAACUAAAUAGAAAUCUUGCUGAGAGGAGACCAGAGACUGGGCUGGGGAGAAGCAACCCAGCUCCUCCCAUCUCCUUAGAAAGGGGUGAUGGAAUCACUGGUCAUAGGGGUCCCGCCCCUGCCCCGCCCCACCCUGCCCUACCCCGCCUACCACGCGGUGGAAGCUCCCUGUGUGAGUCCUCCCCUUGGAGCCUGAGAGGCUUAGGAAGGAAGGAGGUCUCUUUUGGUGGCAGAGUUGCCGGCAAGGGCACUGAGCAGGAGGAUAGGACUGCAAAGACGAAGAGUUCUGGCUCCUCCUGCAGACAUGCACCAGCGGCUGCUGGGCUCGUCCCUGGGCCUCGCCCCCGCGCAGGGGCUCUGAAUGCCUGCCGCCGCCCCCAUGAGCACACUGGCCGGGGCUCCUAUCCCUAAGCCUCUACUUGCGGAGACUGAGCCAUGUGGGCCUGGGGCUGGGCCGCGGCAGCUCUCCUCUGGCUACAGACUGCAGGAGUCCGGGCACGACAGGAACUCAAGAAGCCUCGGCAGCUGGUUGUGCGUGUGGAUUCUCCCAAUAUUACCACAUCCAGCCAUGAGGGAUUCCCAGGCUCCAUCAAGCCGCCGGAAGCCUCUGGACCUGAGCUCUCAGAUGCCCACAUGACAUGGCUGAACUUUGUCCGACGGCCGGAUGAUGGGGCCUCUAGAAAACGGUGCCGUGGCCGGGACAAGAAGUCGCGAGGCCUCUCAGGUCUCCCAGGACCCCCAGGACCCCCAGGACCCCCUGGCCCUCCUGGUCCACCUGGUUCCCCUGGUUUGGAAGUUACCCCAGAGGCCUUGCUGCAGGAAUUUCAGGAGAUGCUGAAAGAGGCCGCAGAACUUCGAUUCUCAGGGAUACCGGACUCGCUGUUACCCCAGGAACCCAGGCAGCGGUUGGUGGUCGAGGCCUUCCACUGCCGUUUGAAAGGCCCUGUGACGGUAGACAAGAAGACUCUGGUGGAACUGCAAGGAUUCCAGGCUCCUACUACCCAGGGUGCCUUCCUGCGGGGAUCUGGCCUGAGCCUGUCCUUGGGCCGAUUUACAGCCCCAGUCUCUGCCAUCUUCCAGUUUUCUGCCAGCCUGCACGUGGACCACAGUGAACUGCAGGGCAGAGGCCGGUUACGUACCCGGGACACAGUCCGUGUCCUCAUCUGUAUUGAGUCCUUGUGUCACCGUCAUACGUCCCUGGAGGCUGUGUCAGGCCUUGAGAGCAACAGCAGGGUCUUCACCGUGCAGGUUCAGGGGCUGCUGCAUUUACAGUCUGGACAGUAUGUCUCUGUGUUCGUGGACAACAGUUCUGGGGCAGUCCUCACCAUCCAGAACGGCUCCAGCUUCUCCGGGAUGCUUUUGGGUACGUAGAGGAGCUGAAGAGAUGAUUGAGGAUUGCAGAGCCAACACCUUGCUUCUUAGAGGAGCUGAAAAGGACUAGUCCCCCUUUUAAUAGUUUUCAUAGCAAUAAAGAUCUCCAAACGUCUUCAUCA